AUGCCAGACACCCAGGUCACGGCGGACCAUUUCAUCUACGUCACUCAGGUAUACUUCUGUGACGCCGUAGUUCUCUGGGACUGGAUCAUCAGUUUGACCAGAGAAUAUCGCUUUGUGUGGAGAACCCAUUGGACGCCCGUCAAAGUGGCAUACCUCUUCUGCCGUUAUUGGGUCAUCAUUGUCGUGCCGUAUCUACUGUACUGCUUUGUUGUUGACCACUCAAGAGAAACAUGCGAACGAAUCUACAAGAUUCCUGUGGGCCUCGCCAUGUGGAACCAAGUGGGAUCAGAAUCUGUUCUCCUUAUCCGCACGUAUGCCUUCUUUAGUAGGAACGCUGUUGUUCUCUGGUUCUUGGUUUCGGCAUUGGGUGGGGUGGUUGCAUACCAACUCUACGUGGAUACAACCCAGAUGCUAUUGUUACCUUUCUUCAAACCCCCGUUUGAUAGUGGACCCUGUUUUCCAAUGUCGAAGCCACAUUCGGCACACUUACUAGGCUUCUUUAUUGCACCUCUCCUUUUUGAUACAGUGGUCACCAUGAUGACUGUUUGGAAAGCGUUUACCAUACGUAGACGUAAUGGUGGUCCGAACAGUCGUUUGAUCCAAACUUUCCUUCGAGAGGGUGUUUUUUAUUAUAUCCUGAUUUCCAUUGCCAACCUGAUAAAUGGCGUGUUUUACCUUCAACCCCGACAAGUAAUCUCCGCCAUUAACAUUCCUUUGAGUGUGAUGCUGGGGCCAGUUCUUGCAUGUCGUCUGAUUCUCGAUCUUCGUGAGCGCGGUUCCGAGACUGUCUCGCACUCGGAGGGAACAGGAAUUGCAGCUUUCACGACCAAGUCGAUGACCCAGCAAGGUUCUCCGUACACUCCACCCGGCCACCGCACCAAAAGCGGCAGCCGCUAUGGAAGGAGUCGGGGAAUAGUCAGCACCAUCAGCUCCAAUGUGGUGCUCACAACCCUGGGCAGCAUUCAUCCUGACCAUAUGGACAUCGAUAUCGAACAAGACGUAGUUGAGAUGGACGAUAUUAGGUAUGGAAUGGGAAUGCCCCUCGGCACAUUGAGUGCGGCGGUCGGGGGUGAUGAUGGAGAACCUCUCCCGGACGGAGAUGGUUAUAGCCAAAGUCACCGUCGAGAUAGUCCUGCGCCAGCAUACCAAACCUUGGAAAUGGGUAACAGGGGAAGGAGACGAUCUCCUUCCCCUAGUCUGGAGAAUCACUCAAACUAUUCGGUCAGAGGAAUCAGAGUUGACGUUGAACAGGCCUCUUCCUCUCGAUAA